AAAGUGGUAAGUGCUUCUCGCGCUGCACUAGUUGUUGGGCUCUGUGGUCUCAUACAAGCUGCGUUCUCCGCUGCACAGCAUCGUUCUUCUAUCCAUUUAACAGGACAGGAAUAUAGCUCGUUACUUAUUCAUGUAAGUGUGUUUUUCUUUAACCUUAUUGCAUGAUGUUACAGAUCCUUGUGCAAAUAGUUCUUUCUUUCAUUGUUGUCUGUAUUAGUCUCGUUGGUCUCGCUGGGAAUCUCAAGGAGUUAGAGGCUGCUGCAGAGUUCAGGGAGAAGUUUGUUCCAUCAAUCGUUUCAUAUAUUUUUAGGACCUGGGAUUAACUUGGAAAUAGACCUUCCUUUUACAUUUUUCAUCACCGCAAAGCUCUCUUGUCGACUAAUCCCACCCUCUAAUUCAGUAAUCACAAUGUCCACCAAUCCUAUUGUUCUUGCCCGUGGACACACUGAAGCAGUCACAACUUUGUCACUUUCUGAUCAUCUGCUGGCAUCUGGAAGUGCGGAUGGCAAUACCUAUUUCUGGUCUCUGGAUUUGAUCCAAAGUCCUUGUCCUGUUCUCCAGGCUCCAAGAUAUGGUCACUGUUCUAGUCUCAAAUUUAGUGUUAAACAAGAAAAUAUACUCUACGGGGCGUAUAGCCAAGAAAUUAUCUCGUGGGAUAUACGCAACUUAAGACAGCUAUUCGAUAUUUGGAAAGUUAAUGAAGGGAGAGUAAAUUCGAUUGACGUAUCUGAGACUGAAGACCGGCUGGCGUCAGCAGAUGAUACUGGUACAGUACAGAUUAUUGAUCUGAGUAAUGGUUCGCUUGUUCGUACUCUCAAGAAACAUGAUAACAGCGUGUCUUCAGUUAAGUUCCGACCGGGUCGUCCCUGGCAGCUGGUGAGCGGUGGUGUCGACUGUAAAGUUGUCGUAUCCGACUGGCGGGGAUCAGGCUUGGCGGUUAAUAUUUUUGAGCUGAGUGAAAUUGCUGACUACUCUGGCUCAGACUCAAACAAUGUUGAGGCUGACGAUUCUUAUAUAGACAGUAUAGAUGAUGAAUCCUUGAAUGUACUCCUCCGUUCCAACUCCACCAUGAACUUUGACGGGGGUAAUACCAGAACGAAUGACCGCAUUCGAGAUCGGUUUGCCGAGCAGAUUGUAAGUCAACCAGCGUCAACAUCUUUUCGUGUAUGUUACAUGUGUCCUUAUUAACUGUGUUUCAACCUACAGGAUUUCAUGAUGACAAGAACAGUAUCCUGUUCCAUGACUCCUCAUUUUAUAAAGUAGCCUACUGUGUAGACUAAAGUGGGAUGAAACUUAGGCAUUUCAGCGUGUGUUCUAGGUGUUAAUCUCAAUAUUUCUGGUCGCUUCUUUAAAAGUGAAAUCUGUUUAUUUUUGGUCUGUCAUGUCGGAAAGUAUAUAAUGAGCUGUAAAUCCCAGUUGGCGUCACAAUUAAGGCUCUUCAUCUCAUUCUAGUGAAGCUCAUAAUCGUAAAUUUGAUGAUUGUAAUACAAGCUCCGGAACACCCGUGCCAGAUAUACUCUUCACUUGUUUGGAAACACUAUAUACGCCAUGCUAAUCUUCUCUGCAGCAUCAGAGACAGUAGAACGUUGAGAAUAACAUCAGUGUGUAUCGGCACAAAAGUCACACCACUCAUCCCGGAAUCCAUGAUCUCCUGCAUAACUGUUAAAGGAAGAAGCUUCUCGUUGUCUGCAAAGGUCUUCAGAUGUGACUAAUUGUAAGUUCUACCGCCAACUAGAUGAUAUAUUUUAAAUGGGCUUGGCAAUUAUUUCAGUGGCAGUUCCUACGUGGAUAUCUUUGCU